AUGCCGAAAGCAAAUCUUUCGGACCGGCUCAGUGGGACAUGGCUUAUCACUGUCAUCACGAUAGCAAACGCUUGCUCAAUGGCAUGGUUUGGCUACGACCAGGGAGUGUUUUCUGGAGUGCUCAUCUCAGCCGAUUUUCAAAAGCAUUUCCCUCAAACCAAGAAUUCCAACAUCUCCGGAAUUACUUCGAGCUGCUUCUCUCUUGGUGCCUUUUUUGGCGCUAUUUUUGCCUUCACACUAGGUGAUAAGCUUGGUCGCAAGAAGACGAUUGCUCUCGGACUAGUCUGCAACACGGUUGGCGCAAUUCUGCAGGUCGUCUCGUGGGCUUUUCCUCAACUGAUUGUCGGUCGCGUCGUCAACGGAUUUGGCAUGGGCAUGACUUCUUCCACAUGCCCUGUUUACCAGGCUGAGUGUUCGAAGCCUCGGGUACGUGGUAAGCUUGUCGCACUGGGCUCUCUUUCUAACACGGCUGCUUUUUGCCUCGCCAAUUGGAUGAACUUUGGCCUGUAUUUCCAGGGCCAAGCGCUUCAGUGGAGAUUUCCGCUCGGCUUUCAGCUCAUAUUCCCCGUAAUAGUUACUUUGGCACUCCUUUUCAUUCCUGAAUCCCCCAGAUGGCUGCUACUCCAGGAUCGCCAUGACGAGGCGCUGCAGGUUAUUGCCAGAUUGGAGGGCAAAAGCAACAGUCCUCACGAUCCCGAUGUCACAGCUCAGUUCCUAUCUAUCCAAUCAGCGCUGGAGGUUGAGCGCAAAGAUUGCGUGCCCACUAUGGAUGUGUUGAUGUGUCGCGACAAGACGCAGAACCUUCGCCGGCUGCUAUUAUCUUGCGGUACUCAGUUCAUGCAGCAGUUCAGUGGAGUGAAUGCCCUGGGAUACUACCUUCCCACCCUGCUUCAGGAGAGUGUCGGGCUAGGAGAAGAGGAGAGUCGUCUUCUUACUGCGGUCAACGGAACCACUUACCUCUUCGCUGCAUUCUGCUGUCUGCUGAUCAUUGAUCGCUUUGGUCGUCGCAAGCUCAUGCUCUAUGGGUCUUUGACUAUGGGAGCGUGCUACUUGGUUGCAGCUAUCUGCCUCAAGACUGGCGAGAGCGACCCUUCACGUAAACAGCUGAUGGGGCAAGUGACAACGUCAAUGUUUUUCCUGUAUUACUUCUUCUACGGAACAAGCUAUGCCAAGGUUCCGUGGGUAUACAACUCGGAAGUGAAUUCGCUUGGCUGGCGGACUCGAGGUGCUGCCGCAGCAACCGCAACCAACUGGAUGGGUGGCUUUAUCGUCACUCAGUUCACCAGCGUUGGCGUUAACAAUCUUCACUGGCGGUUCUAUUUGAUUUUUGCAAUCAUCGCGUGGUGUUUUUUCCCAAUAGUCUUUCUUUUCUAUCCUGAGACCUCGCGACGUACACUGGAGGAUAUGGAUGAAAUUUUCAUCCAGAAUCCGUCUUUCAUUGUGUGUGGCAAACGGGAACUGACACAGCGCGAGCGACCACAGGCUUUCAUCGACGCAGAAGGGGACCGAAUUGUAGAGAACACGGAGAUGGGAAGGGAGAUAAUGAAGCGUGCAACGGCUACUCACCAUGAGCGAGUUUAG